AUGUCAGCCAACCUGAACGCUACAUUUGCCAAGUGCAAGAAAGAAGGCAGAAAUGCCAUGCUUACAUUUUUAACGGCUGGUUUCCCGUCGGUGGCUGAGACUGUUCCUCUUUUAAAGUCAUUACAGGACGGUGGUGCCGAUAUCAUUGAGUUGGGUGUUCCAUUCUCUGAUCCCAUUGCUGAUGGUCCUACUAUUCAAAAGGCCAACCAGAUCGCAUUAGAAAACGGAGUUAGUGUUCAUGUAUGUUUAGAAUUGGUUCGUCAAGCCAGAGCUGCUGGUGUCAAUAUCCCAAUCAUUCUCAUGGGAUACUACAAUCCAAUUCUUCAAUACGGUGAAAACAAAUUUGUUGAAGAUGCCAAAAAGGCUGGUGUCGACGGCUUUUUGCUGGUCGAUUUACCACCAGAGGAGGCCAGCAGGUUCAGAAAGAUCUCGAGUAAUUCUGGUCUAAGUUACAUCCCAUUGAUUGCUCCUUCUACUACUAAUGAGAGACUCGCACAACUUUCUGAGAUUGCUGACUCUUUCUUAUAUGUUGUGUCGAGAAUGGGUACCACUGGUGUUGCUGGUGGUUUAGACUCCAACGUGUCUACUUUACUAAAAAGAGUUCGUCAAUUCACCGGUGAGAAGCCUUUGGCUGUUGGAUUCGGUAUCAGUACGAGAGAAAACUACCUUACUGUUAGUCCUGUGGCUGAUGGUAUUGUUAUCGGUAGUUACUUGAUCUCUUUGAUUGAUAAUACCCCCAAAGAAGAGAGAUUGGAAACUGUCAAGAAGUAUAUUAAUGGCAUUGUGGGAGGUAGAGAGGUAGUGGUUGAUCCAAGACCAGAAAGUCCUUCUACCACUCCAGUUCUUUCAGAGGAUGAAGAAGAGCAAAAGAAACAAUUCUAUGCAUUAGUUGACCGAUUUGGUGACUACGGUGGACAGUAUGUUCCUGAAGUGCUACACCAAUGCUUGUCUGAGCUCGAGAAGGGAUUUAAUGAGGCUAUUCAUGAUGAAAAGUUCUGGGAAGAGCUUAGAUCUUACUACCCUUACAUGGGCCGUCCAUCUAACUUGUACUUUGCCGACCGUCUCAGUGAAAAGGUUGGUGGUGCUAAAAUCUGGUUAAAGAGAGAAGAUCUUAACCACACUGGUAGUCACAAAAUUAACAAUGCUUUGGCGCAGGUAUUGAUUGCCAGACGUCUUGGAAAGACCCAGGUCAUCGCCGAGACCGGUGCUGGUCAACACGGUGUAGCCACUGCUACUGUUGCUGCCAAGUUUGGUCUCAAGUGUAAGGUGUUCAUGGGUGCAGAGGAUUGUCGUAGACAGGCCCUCAAUGUAUUUAGAAUGAAACUUUUGGGUGCUGAAGUUGUACCUGUUCAUGCUGGUACCAAGACUCUUCGUGAUGCUUGUAGUGAAGCUCUUCGUACUUGGGUUACCACUAUUGGAGAUACUCAUUACGUACUUGGUUCGGCUACUGGACCACAUCCCUUCCCUACUAUGGUUCGUACUUUCCAAUCUGUUAUUGGUCAGGAGACUAAAGAACAAUUUGCCAAGUACAACGAUGGCAAGCUUCCUGAUGUCGUGGUUGCUUGUGUCGGCGGUGGCUCAAACUGUUCUGGUAUGUUUGCUCCUUUCAUUGAGGACAAAUCUGUUAAGCUCGUAGGUGUUGAGGCUGGUGGUGAAGGUUUACAAACAGAUAAGCACAGUGCUACCUUGAGUGCUGGUAAGUCUGGUGUUUUGCACGGUGCCAAGACUUAUGUCCUGCAAAAUGCUGACGGUCAGGUUCAAGAUACUCACUCUAUCUCUGCUGGUUUAGACUAUCCUGGUGUUGGUCCUGAAUUGGCUUCUUGGAAGGACAGUGGCAGGGUCAAGUUUAUCGCUGCUACCGAUCUUGAGGCUUUACAAGGAUUCCGUAUUCUUUCUGAAACUGAAGGAAUCAUUCCCGCUAUGGAAUCGUCUCAUGCUAUUCACGGAGCCGUUGAGCUUGCCAAGACCAUGUCUCCUGACGAACAUGUAGUCAUUUGUUUAUCUGGUCGUGGUGACAAGGAUGUCCAAAAUAUUGCUGACCUUCUCCCAACUUACGGACCUAAGCUUGGCUGGGACGUUCGUUUUGAGAAUUAA